AUCUCUCAGCUUCUGACGUAGGAACCAACCUGAGAAGAGACCGUGGCGCUCCGGGUUGGAGCUCGAGAGUCGUGGGCAGGAAGUGAGCUGUAUUUUCUUUGCUCUCGCUCUCUCUCUUUCUCUCUCUCCCUCUCUCUCUCGCUCUCUCACUCCAUCUCUUGCCCGCCCUCCCUCGCAGUGUUCGUGUCUGAGCUGCAGCACGACGAACCUCCCAGCCACUGUGACAGGAAGCAGGAGCCGAGGCCGUGCCUUCGACGGCCGCUGCGUGGGUCGCCGAGCCAUGGAGGCGCUGGUGAGAGUCGGGGGGCCCGCAGCGCUGCCCACCCUGAGCCCGGCCGUGCCGCCCUACGUCAAGCUCGGCCUCACCGUGGCCUACACCGUCUUCUACUCGCUGCUCUUCGCGUUUGUGUACGCCCAGCUGUGGCUAGUGCUGCGUUACCGGCACAAGCGGCUCAGUUACCAGACGGUGUUCCUCUUUCUGUGCCUGCUGUGGGCCGCCCUGCGUGCCCUCCUCUUCUCCUUCUACUUCAGGAGCCUGGCAGCCGCUAACGCCCUCGGACCCUUCACCUUCUGGCUGCUCUACUGCUUCCCCGUGUGCCUGCAGUUCUUCACACUCAGCCUCAUGAACCUCUAUUUCGCCCAGGUGGUCUUCAAGGCCAAGUCCAAGUAUGCCCCAGAGCUCGUCAAAUACAGGUUGCCGCUGUACCUCGUCUUCCUGCUGGCGAGCCUGCUCUUUCUAGUGGUGAACCUGACCUGCGCGCUGCUUGUCAAGAUGACCGACACGGAGCCCGAGACCAUAGUGCUGGUGCGCGUGGCCAUCAACGACACACUCUUCGUGCUCUGCGCCAUCUCCCUCUCGCUGUGCCUCUACAAGAUUGCCAAGAUGUCCUUGGCCAACAUCUAUCUGGAGUCCAAGGGAACCAGUGUCUGCCAGGUGACAAUAAUAGGUGCCAUCGUCAUCUUCUUGUACACGUCGCGGGCCUGCUACAACCUCGUGGUGCUGGCCCUCUCCAACGUCAAGACCGUCAACUCCUUCGACUACGACUGGUACAACGUGUCCGACCAGGCCGACUUGAGGGCCACUCUGGGGGAUCAGGGAUACGUUGCGUUCGGGGUGAUCCUCUUCGUCUGGGAGCUGCUCCCCACGUCCCUCGUGGUUUUCUUCUUCAGAGUGCGCCGGCCCACGCAGGACAGGAGCGGACCUGGACUCCCUGGUCACGGCUUCUCCUCCAGAGCGUAUUUCUUCGACAACCCCCGGCGAUACGACAGCGAUGAUGACCUGGCGUGGAACAUCUUCCCUCAGAAUGCUCAGGCUAGCCCUUCCCCGGAUGGCUACGACUGGGGCGCUCGAAGCAGCACCUUUGUGGCCUACAUCGGCACAGAUGGACCUAACUCUUCGGCUUCACAGGAGGAACUCAACCCAUACUAGCGCACGCAGCGUGGCGAACGUGCCACGAGAGGGACCCACCUCUCGCACCCCUUACGCCCGUGGGCCAGGGGUUACGUCGGCGGCGCGCGGCUUUGCUCCUGUAACGGCGCUCCCAAGUGACGAGGGAGUCUCCCAGGGGCAGUGACCCUUGCAUCCCGCAGUGCAGCCGCACCAUGCGUUCUCACUGCUCUUUUAUACCCAAAAUCCAUUGCACACAGAAGAAAGCCAACAAUGAAUCUCCAGCACCUUAAUGUUGAACAUGUUGUUUUAAAACCUUCAAGAUACUGAGUUGGCUUCAGAAGACACCAUAGGCAGUUAGAUCACAGCCAGAGGAGGCGGCUCCAUAGGAGGAGUGAUGUACCGUGAGGGGUUCGAGCUGGUCAGGAAGCACACGGUGCAACGUGGUACUAAGCGGGCCGCUCUGUGCCGAACGAACCGGACUACGACGAGGGACGCGUUUGCCCUCGUCGCUCGGUUCGGCAAACCGUGCCCCUCACCGGGACAGAGACUUCCAUAAAACACAUCCGAUGGUGACGUCCUUGAAGCUCGUGUAGGAGAGCGUGGACCACUGCAGUGUGCUGCUAAUCCACGAAAGCAUUAACACCCCCCCCCCCCCUCCAUGAGCACCAGACCAGCGCGGGACAGGGGCUUCGUACAGUCAAGCACAAAACCUGGGCAUGUAAAAUGGGGUUUUCGUAUUGUCUGUGAAGAUUCUCAGUUAUCCAGGUCAUGAUAUAUCUUAAAAGAAAGGCAACUGGACUUGCAUGAGUUUCUUUGAAGGCAUUUCACCACUCAUCCAAGCGGCUUCUUCGGUUCUAAACGAGUGGUGGGGAGUUGAGGUUUUUAACUUGGAACAUCUGCGGGUUGAGCCCACUUGAGACUCGCAUGACUGGGGUCUGUUAACGACCCAACGGUCACCUGCAGUUUGAGGAUGUGUUCAAAUAAACCUGGGUGGUGUCCUGUUGUUCCACAAUUAGCGAUACUCUAACGACCCAUUAAUGGCCAGAAACUCCAGACUCAAGGUGUAAAUGGGUGUGAAACUUUUUGGGGACAGAUGCUAAAAUUGUGUUGUACGUUUUGUCUCAGUCUACCUCUCCUAUUUAGAAAGGGGUUUUUAGAGAUUUUCAUAUUUUUAACACUGUCGCUGAAAAUGCAAUCUAACAAAUAGUAUAUAUUUUUUAAACGUUUGCACAAUUUAUUGUGAUAUUUUAAACCCAUCAGUGUGCAUUGGUUCAUUUGUACCAGUGACGCUGCGGUUCUAUGAAGGAUGAUGCCGUGACGCUGAAACUAAUCCCAGCUACAUGUCUCAAUGUUGUUAUUGUUCAUUUUUAAAGUCAUCAUGUUUUGAGCUUUUGUUAUCUCCUACAUGUCACGGCAUGCGCUGACAGCAGUCCCAGAAUAAAG